UCAAUGUCGAUCGCGGGAGGAGCGUUUGUGUAUUCUUGGUGAGAAAACGGCCUAGCGGCAACCCCAAAGAAGCAAAGCCUGCCACCCCUGGUCCAAUUUAGCCGGCACAUGGGAAACCAAUUCACCUGUGGUGUUUAUUCUUGGUUUGCUUGUCUGGUAACUAUAACCAAACAAAAAAAAAAAAAAGGCCGCAUGUAAGGGUGGACCAGGGGCAACUCCCCCUUGCCCCCCUAAAAACAGCAACGAAUCGGAUCGGCAGUCUUUGCGCACAAGUGUUUGGCAGGUAAUAAGGUAGUGUUCGGAAUAAAAGACAGGUCGUACAAACUCGGGCGGGAAUUGAAAAAAAAAACCUGGACUCGAUAUUGGCGCCUUAUUUUCCCCCCAAUGCAACCUACCGUCUAGACGGAUUGAGCUUGGCACUCAGGGGUCCUCUGAAUAUCGAAACACGGAAACACACGGAGGAUAUACCACAUGUGUGAUACGGAAUUUAGAUGUCCAUGGACGAAGGAUUUUUGUUUGGAAUCGCGGUCCAGCCGUUUAUGAUAAUUGAUGAUAUAUAAACGGCUUUUCUGUUCAGCCCCAACCAGGCAUUCCAGUGAAAUCCCAUUCUCCAUCCCCCAUCCCCCCAUCUCACUCAGGCCUUUUCCCUCCACCAGCUCCCUCUCCAAAAAAAGCAACCCCCAACUCCAACAAAAGAUGCACUCCUCAAUCCCCAUGCUCCUCGCCCUGGUGGCCCAAGCCGCGUCGCACGGCAUGGUGACGUCGCCCGCGACGCGGCAGCCGGGCCCGGCGGCGGCGGCGGUGUGCGGCCAGACCAUGGUGGACCACUACACGGCGGACGGGACGUCGUACCCGGAGAACCUGCAGCGGAACCCGGCGUGGAACGGGACGGGGUACGACGCGGCGCGGUGCAACCUGUGGCUGUGCAAGGGGUACCAGCUGGGCGACAACGAGGCGCAGGUCCAGCGCUACGCCGCCGGCGACGUCGUCGACUUUGCCGUCAACAUCCGCAUCCCGCACCGGGGGUUCGCAAACGUCAGCGUCGUCGACCUGGCCGCCAACGAGGUGGUCGGCGAGCCGCUCCGGGUCUGGGGCGACGGCUAUGCCGACCCGGCAAGCUUUCCCAACCUGCCCAGGGACCAGGUCGAGUUCAACGUGACGGUGCCUGAGCUUGGAGGUCGGUGCGUUGAGGCUGGUGCUUGUGCCUUGCAAUGGUAUUGGUUUGGUCAGGGGCAGACUUACCAGUCUUGCGUCGAUUUUACCCAGGAAGCAUCGGCUUAUGCAAUCAGGGGACGCCGACGGCUGUAA